AUGAAAAGCGCAGAAUAUAUAAAAGCUAACAAUGACUGGUUAGAUGCCCAAGCCAACGCUAAAGCAGCCCAGCUUAUAGGGUCAAUAAGGACAAAAAUACAAGCGGAUGAAGACAGUUCAAAUGAAGCUUUAACAAAUGCUGACUUUAAGAACGCCUUCGAAGCUCUUCAUAGUAAGGUGAAACAAGUGAACGACUUCUCAUCUGGAAAGAAACUGAAGUCUGAAGGUUUCGACAAAGAGUUAAAAGAAGUAGCACAAAAUAUGACGAAAAUAACAGAUGCAGCAACGAGACAGGCAGUUCAAAGUGCCUAUGACGCCGUUAGAGCAACUGUUGUGAAAAGUCAAGAAAAAGAGUUACAACAGACCAAAACAGACCUAGUAAAUGCUUUCUUAAGAACGAAAAGUCAGAUAGGACAUUACGCUGCAGAUGGAACAUAUGUGCCAGCUGGUGGAACUUAUAUACCAGCUGUUGGAAUUUAUAUACCACCAAACCCUCCAAGAGAAGCACCUGCACCAGGACUACCUAACACAUUUACAUCGUCACAUGGACAUAGACACAGGCAUGCACCAAAACCAACACAACAACCAACACAACAACCAGCACAACAACCACCUCCACAACCAGCACAACAACCAACAGUUCAAAACCCUGCACAACAACCACCUCCACAACCAGCACAGCAACCAACAGUUCAAAACCCUGCACAACAACAACCACAAACAGAGCAAGGACAUAAAAGAAGUAGAGAACAAGGAAACCAAGAAUUCUUAAAAAGGCUUAAGGAAGACUAUGGUUACCCAGAUAGUAUUGACUUUAGUGACAGAUAUAAAGAAGCUAUUAGAAAGUUCAAGGGAGGAAAUACUGACCCGAACCUAUUUAGCUUUAUGGUUCAGCACCAAAUGGGAUAUAAUUUCAAACCUGGAAAAUACAAGCUCGCUAAGGGAUAUGAUUUAAUAGCAUAUCAUCCAAAUGACAUGACUGAAUUUACUCCGAGAUAUUUGAUGUCAGAGCUAAAUGACAAUUCAACUCCCGUCAUGAAACGCGUAAAAAAUAGAGACGGAACGAAAGAAGAAAGGUUUAUGAGUCCGGAUGACUUAGAAAGGGAAGUUGUUAAAAACGGUCUCGGAAUAUAUGAAAUGCCAGCAGAUGAGGUACAAGAAACUCCACAGGAAGAACUAGUUCAGAUACAACCAGACAUGGAAGAAAUAGUUCAGCAACAACAGCUAGAAGAGCCUGAAGGAAACGAACAA